GCAAUUUAAGUGGAGAUCAUGGCAGUGGAUUGCUGUGUUAGUCUCCCCGAGGAUUAGUCGAGGUGCGUGUAAGCUGGCCCGGACACCUUGGUUAAAAAAAAAAAAAACUGUUUUGGCACAUUAAUUUGGGAAUCUAGGUCAAGGCCACUGUGGAUAGCCCAAGGAGUUCAUCUAUUGCUUGAUUUGAUCUAUUUCCAGAGCAAAAAAGCCGUAUCUAACCCUCGAGGCUCUCGCAUAUGUGAGGUCUAAGAGGCAAGAUCUAUGCAGUCUUACCCGAAAAUGUUAAGAGGCUGUUUCGAUCAUUUGACUAUCAGAUCAUAACAUUCAUAGCUUACUGUUGGACCAAGUGUGCCCUUUGAUCUAUUCGAAAAGCUUCUACCAAAAUAAAAAUAACAAAAUCCAAGAGCCCACCUGAGGCUAUUCAUAGGUUCACAAAAAAAGGAAGGUACAAUAUUCAUUGGUUCUGAAUGUCCAAUUUGCUAAGAAUUUGAGUAAAAUUUAUCCUCAAAAACUAGCCGUUAAGGCUAGAGGGUGCCCAAGUACAAAUAAAUUUCCACAUUGGGCUAUCCCGAUGUGGGAUUAUAACUUUCGCUAUCAACUUGGAACCCCAACACGACCAAGCCAAGCCAUGUCAAUCUAAUCUCCCGUGUGCCCCUCUACUCGGCAUAUUGAAAUCACUAUUUAAAAAAUCGGAAUUGGAUUAGUCCAAUCAGCUGAUUCAGAUCUUAAUCGGCCGUGACCAAUUAUAAUUCUAUACGUCAUGGGAUUUUUCUCAUAAGAUUGCUGGGUUUUCAUUUCUGAGGGGCCAGUUCUAUGGUGUGAGACCGAUUCCUAUUCGAUACAAAUCGGGUUGGCACUGACCGAUUCGAUCCCAAUUCCGAUUUUUAUAACCCUGAUUGAAUUGCAGCCUAGAUCUCAACCUAUAACAAUAUGUCAUCUUUCCACAUAAUGGAUUGCAUGUGUGAUCCAAAUCCAUUAAUUCUGAAAGGACAUGCAAUCCAUUAAUUCUGAAAGGAACAAUCCAUGUGGGCUCUCUAAUUAAGGGUGUUAAUUGGUUUGAUUUUGUUGUAGAUAGUUUGAUUUGAAUUGGUGGAAAAUUUUUUGGUAAAGUCAAAAUCAAAUCAUUUAAUAAAUAAUUUUAUAUAUUAAAAUUGUAAUUAUUUAUAAAUUGUUUCAGUUUAAACAAUUUUCUUAUGUUUUCUAAUUUUUUUUAUCCAAACAAUUUCUUUACCAUUAAAAUUUUAGUGAAAUUAAAGUAAAUUCUAACAUUGAAUCAAUUUUUUUUUAAGGCAUUUCAGGUACAAAUAAUUGAUCCUCGUUCCCAAGGUUCAACUUAAGAUUUUGAAUAUUGAUUUUUUUUUUUUUAAUAUUUGUUUAAUGUAACCUCAGAAAUGCAUUAACAUUGAAUGACUUAAACUUAUUAUGUAUAUGUUAAUCAAUUUAAUGAUUUAUUUAAAUGGUUUACCAAAGGUUUUAACUUUAAAACCAAAAUCAAAUUACGAUUUCAAUUUUAAAACCAAAAUCAAACCAUUUAAUAAUCGGUACAAUUCGAUUUGAAUUAACGAUUUCACAUCCUUUAUCUCUAACAUAGUCAAAACGGAUCAUCAUGAUGACCCACUUCUUUUUUUAAGUCCCUCCCACCACAUUUACAUGACAAACCUACAUUGCAAAACUAUCUCUGACAAUAAGAAGAAGAAGAAGAAAGAUUGAAAGAAUGAGAAGAUACAGUUCCAGAAUCCAGAGUGGUCAUGACUCUGGUGAAUACGUGGCUGUUGUUGUUGAUCACCAUGUCCAUGACCUUCUAUUGCUCAUCAAGUAGGGCUCUUGGAGGAGAUCCACUGGUACCUGGUAUGUUCGUGUUUGGAGAUUCACUGGUUGAUAAUGGAAACAACAAUUUCCUGAACUCCAUUGCAAAAUCCAACUACAUUCCUUAUGGGAUUGAUUUCAAUGGAGUUCCCACUGGGAGGUUCUGUAAUGGAAAAACUAUGGUGGAUAUGCUUGGAGAAAUGUUGGGUCUCCCUUAUAUCCCAGCCUAUGCUGAUCCUACAACUGCAGGAGCAAAAAUCCUUGGUGGAGUGAACUAUGCUUCAGCAGCUGCUGGUAUUCUUGAAGAGACCGGCCAACACUAUGGAGAACGUUAUAGCUUGAAUCAACAAGUGCUUAACUUUGAGGGUACCUUGUAUCAGUUGAGAACCCAGAUGAGUGCAAGGAACUUAACACAAUGCUUAGCCAAAUCUAUAGCAGUGAUGGUGUUUGGGAGCAACGACUAUAUCAACAACUACCUCUUACCUUCCCUAUACCCUACCAGCCACAAAUACAACCCUGUAGAGUUUGCCAAUCUUCUCCUCAACCACUAUACUAGGCAGAUUCUGGCCCUGUAUAAUGUGGGACUAAGGAAGUUCCUGCUAGCAGGGAUAGGUCCACUAGGAUGCAUUCCUAACCAAUUGGCAACUGGUGAGGCACCACCUGGGAGUUGUGUUUCUUAUGCAAAUGAGAUCCUUGAGAAGUUUAAUGUCGGGCUCAGAUCAGUGGUCAACCAGCUGAAUUCCAACCACACUGGAGCAAUUUUUGUGUAUGGCAAUACUUAUGGAGCAAUGGUUGACAUUCUCAAUAAUGCUACAGCUUAUGGAUUCUACGUCAUCGACAGAGGGUGCUGUGGUCUAGGGAGAAACCAAGCGCAGAUGACAUGCCUUCCUCUCUCUAUUCCUUGUCCAAACAGGAACCAAUUCAUAUUCUGGGAUGCCUUUCAUCCAACACAAGCUGUGAACACGAUCCUUUCUCAGAGGGCAUUUUCUGGCCCACCUUCUGACUGCUACCCAAUCAACAUUCAGCAAAUGGCACAAAUUUAAGCUCUUCAACAUGAUCCAUGUUGUCAGUAGUAUGGCUCGAUAUAUUCUUAUGUAUUCAAAUUAAAAAUGAUCUAUCUUUAUCUUCA